ACUUACUAAGCUGCUGCAGCAGCAAGUUCUCCCCAGCUGCUCAGAACCCCCGGCAUAGAGAUGUUAUCCUCGGCUCUAAAGCACCUUUACCCUUUUUUUGUGUUGUAACCUGAGAAGACUCCAUGCGGAUCUAAAGUAAGAAGCCCCUGCCUCUCUUGUCUGGCUGCCCCUUUCAUCCUUCUGCCAUUCGUACAGGCUGACAACUGCACAGGCUGGCAAGUCUGUAUGUAUCUAUUAGGCAUGUUAAAAGCAGCCUGAAUUGGAACAGAGUUUCUGUGUGACACAAAAAGACAAUAUCUGGUCACUAGCAUUUCUGUUAGCCAUGUCAGAUUUCUUUAAAUAAGAUCCUGUACAUUUGACUUUCAAUCUGCCUUACUGCUUGGGAUUAUAUCUGAUUGCUGUGGAGGAGAAAAGCAAAGUGGAUUUUUGGUAUUUUCCUUGGGAUAAAUAACAUAUGACAGUCUGACUACAGCAGAUCUUGGACACAAAUUACCUUUUAGGGUCAUUAGCUAUUCUUAUGGAUCCAUAUAGGAUUAAGUUAUUUUUCCUAUUUUUAUUUUGCAUGGGCUUUACCAGCCCUGGGGAAGGCAGCGCCAACCCUAAUGAUUCCCCAGUCCAGACAGCAGAACCUUUCUCACAGACGUCCAGAGAGGACACAUUGGAGGAUGAGUCUGAAAACCAGGAGAACAUUUUGUCCCAGUUGAUGGGCGACUACGACAAGGUAAAAGCCAUAUCAGAGGGAACCAACUGUAAAUGUAAGUGUGUUGUGAAGCCACUGAAUAGAGACUCAUGUCAAAGAACUAACAAUGGCCAUUCACAGCCAGAGGACUUCUAUACAGUGGAGACCAUAACAUCAGGCCCAGACUGUAAGUGUGCCUGUGUUGCACCACCAUCUGCCCUAAAUCCUUGUGAGGGAGAUUUUCGACUGAAGAAGCUUAGAGAAACAGAGAAGAAUGGCUUCAAGCUAUCAACCAUUAUAGAAAUGCUGGAAGGAGCCUUCUAUGGACUAGAUCUUCUAAAGCUACAUACUGUUACUACAAAAAUUGUUGGCCGGGUUGAGAAGCUUGAAAAGGUUAUUUCUAAGAAUGUGCCAAAAGAGCAAGAAAAAAUGAGAGAGAGUGUGGAUAAAAUUUUGACCAAAAUGAAGAAAGAGAAGAUUAAUUCUACUACUGACGAUAAUCUUGCCCACAUUGGCAAAAUUCUGCAGAGAGAUGCGGCAGCAGCAUACUCUGAUACACAUGAUAAGUAUGAGGAAACGUUUCUUAAAGAUGAGAAAGCAAAGUUUAUAAGUCCAAAACCACAUCCCGCACCGCCGCAACAAGUACAAAGGAGACCUCUCUCUCAAAGGCAAAUUCAAGCUGGGGCGAAGCCGGCCCCAAAGCCCAUCAUCCGUGGGGUCACAUUUUACAAGGCCAAAGUUACUGACGAUGACAGCUACUUGGACGAACAGCAGGAUGAUGUGUUUAGUGGAGAUAAUACGAUUGAUAUGCUGAUUGAAGACCAGCUAAUAAAGCAUGAAAUACAACAUCACAGUACCACAGAAGAUCCAUUUCCAUCAAAAGAGCCAGUAACAUCAAAUACUGUUGAAAAGAAAACAGAUAUAAAACUAAGUGGGCACUCUAGCACUGAUCACUCUACUAUAUUAUUUAGUAAAGGUUCAGUUACCACUUCUACAGAUUUUGAAUUGACCAAACAAGCCACCUCUAUGCAACAAGUAACUACAGAGCAGGUUACAACCACGGAGGCCACAACAACUGUGUUUACAACAGAAGACUCUAAUGAUCCAACCAUAAUCUUAGAACCAACUCAAAGACCUAUGUCUGAUUUUAUUCACUUGAGCACAGCAACACCUGUGACAUCAGAGGAUCCCAAAACAAGCUCAAAACCAUGGAAAACAACUAUGACUAAAAUUAACACUGAUAAUAAUAAGGAAGCAGAAGAUGAUCUUCAGAAAGUUAUUGGACGAUGCAAAGAUACUUUGUCAACCAUUUCUGGGCCCACAACACAAAACACGUAUGGUCGUAAUGAAGGAGCCUGGAUGAAAGAUCCACUGGCAAAGGAUGACAAAAUUUACGUUACCAACUACUACUAUGGAAACACUUUAGUUGAAUUUCGAAAUUUGGACAACUUUAAACAAGGUCGCUGGAGCAACUCCUACAAGCUUCCAUACAGCUGGAUUGGUACCGGGCAUGUUGUAUACAAUGGAUCUUUUUACUAUAACAGGGCAUUUACACGCAACAUCAUUAAAUAUGAUUUAAAAAACCGAUAUGUGGCAGCUUGGUCCUUGCUGCAUGAUGUGGUUUAUGAAGAGGCCACCCCCUGGAGAUGGAGAGGUCACUCAGACAUAGACUUUGCUGUAGAUGAGAAUGGAUUGUGGGUCAUCUACCCAGCCAUUGAUGAUGAAGGGUUCCAGCAGGAAGUGAUAGUACUGAGCAAAUUAAAUGCAGUGGACCUCACCACUCAGAAAGAGACAACAUGGAGGACUGGAUUGAGAAAGGAUUUCUAUGGCAACUGUUUCGUUAUCUGUGGCGUGCUGUACGCUGUGGACAACUACAAUAAGAAAACGGCAAACAUAUCAUAUGCUUUUGACACUCAUACAAACACUCAGAUUGUUCCCAGGCUGCUCUUUGAAAAUGAAUAUUCUUAUACUACACAAAUAGAUUACAAUCCAAAGGACCGCCUGCUGUAUGCUUGGGACAAUGGACAUCAAGUCACCUAUCAUGUGAUCUUUGCAUAUUAAGGCCACCUUAAAACUCUGCCAGUGAAAUAGCAGGCAUUUCACGGUCUAUAUGGUCCUCUAUUUACAAGACAAACUUGGAAUUUUACACCUGGAUAACUGAACACUAAAAUAUUAUCAUUUUUAUACUUUACACAGUUCAUAUUACGUACUGCAAUGCUGGUAAAUGAGUACUGAGCAACCAUUUAAUAUACAAUAUUUUAAUAUACUGUAUAAGGUUGUUAAACGUAAGUUUCUCACUAUUAAAACAAUUCUGUAAAUGGAUUCUAGGUACCAAAACAUUACAUGUACAAACAUACAGUAUUUUUAAAAUAACCAGUUUACAUGAUUAAUUUGCACAAAUGUUUCAAUAUAAUGUAUUAGCUUAUAAUCCGAUGCACAUGCAAGUUAUUGAAUAUUAAUUUCAAAGUAAAACACACACAAUACAAUGAUGUUCUUUAUAAUUCACGACAGAUUCAUAUUAAAUAAGUCCAAACUGUCCUAAACACUUAAAUAAAAUAGUGUGAGUGUUAUAGCAAAUAUCUUUACUUCAGUGCAGACACUUCAAGGUGUAGGGCCAGGCUUACAUAUUGUCAGCAAUAUAGUUAUUUGUUGUGAAACAUACAGUAUAUAUUAAAGCAUGGAGCAUAGACUGAACAGCGUUUCCAUGUUAACAUGUUCUAUUUUCCCCUGUACUAUAGUACAGCAAUCAUACAUAUUAGUCAUCGAUUAAAUCUCAAUAUUUUAUAUUUUGAAAAAGGAAUUUUAAAAAGGGACGACCUGCCUCUGGCAAGACUUGUUUAAUUGCAUUUUGAUAAUAAAAUGUCAAAUUAAAUUGUUACCCACCUCAAACACUUGAACAAUUUAAAAUGAAAGGUAUAUGUAUAUUUUUUAUAUUCUUGCUGGAGGUGUAUUAUACCCUGGCCCCAUGUGUGUAAUAGCAUUACUCAUAGUGCCUUACAAAGCCCAUUGAAAGUCUCUUUGUACAGUUAAACUUUGUAUUGAAGUCUUCCAUGCUUAUACAGAACAUUUGUAAAAGGAACAUUUUUGGGCAGAAGAUACCUGAGCACAAUGACUGAAUGUACUGUACUUCUUAAACAAAUACCCAGACAAUAAUUUGAUAUAGCCACUUUUUCCAUUAUGACAUUAAGGGGUUCAUGUAUCAAACUUUCAAGAGAAGUGGACCAGUGGUGAAGUUGCCCAUAGCAACCAAUCAGCUUUGAGAUAGCAUUCAUCAAGUGCAUUCUACACAAUUAUACGUAGAAACUGAUGGUUUGCCGUGGCAACUUUUCACUGCUUGAUACAUCACUUCUAAGCCCUUUAGAUUUUAGGUAUACCCAGGGCCGGCUCCAGGCCUACUAGCACCCUGAGCGAGAAAAUGUAAAAGCGCCCCCGCGUUCCUGGAAAAGUGGGUGUGGUCUCCUGGGAAAGUGGGUGUGGCCUUCUGGAAAAGUGGGCAUGGCCUCGUAACUUUAUAUCAUCAAACUAUAAAUAUAUUUUCCCCUCUACGCACACAAUUAGCAGCCUUACACAUAACAGCACAGUAGUGUUCCUUACACACAAUGUCUCCAGUAUAGUGCCAGAUACACAUAAUUUGCAGUGCCAGCUACACAUGACAUGCCCCGCAGCAGUGCCAGCUACACAUGACAUGCCCCCAGCAGUGACAGCUACACAUGACAUGCCCCCCAGCAGUGCCAGCUACAGACAUUAUGCCCCCCAGCAGUGCUAGCUACACAUGAUAGUGUUCACUUUUUAGGGCAGGGUGCUGAUCACAGGGAGGGCACAUUUUUAAGUUAGGAGGGCAAAUUGAUGUACAUACUAUAAUGCUUGUUGUUCCCAUACCUAUAUGCUAAAGCAUGGACAGUGCGCACCUAAGGCACGCAGCAAAAAUUUAAGGACGUUGCUUCGUGGGGAAGGUGCGUGGCCACAUAAUAGUGGCAAUUCGCAUUACACCACACAGUAGUGCAGCUAAUACACAUUGCACCAGGUAGAACCUCCUAUACACUUUGCGCCAGGCACAGCACGUUAGAAACUUUGCGCCAGGCACAGCACGUUAGACACUUUGCGCCAGGCACAGCAUGUUAGACACUUUGCGCCAGGUAAAGCACUGAGACACAUUGCCUAGCCACAGACGCCUAGCGGGAACACUACAUGAUAUUCUCCCCAGCAGUGCCAGCUACACGUGACAUGCCCCCCAGCAGUGCCAGCUACACGUGACAUGCCCCCCAGCAGUGCCAGCUAUACGUGACAUGCCCCCCAGCAGUGCCAGCUACACGUGAUAUGCCCCCCAGCAGUGCCAGCUACAUAAAUGGCCACACAGUGCCAGAUACAUAAAUGCCCCAACAGUGCCAGAUACAUAAAUGCCCCCACAGUGCCAGAUAUGUCCUCACAGUGCCAGAUAUGUCCCCACAGUGCCAGAUACAUAAAUGCCCCCACAGUGCCAGAUACAUAAAUGCCCCCACAGUGCCAGAUACAUAAAUGCCCCCACACAGUGCCAGAUACAUAUAUGCCUCACACAGUGCCAGAUAUGCCCCUAAUGCCAGAUACACAUGUCCCAUGCCCCCAGUGCCAGAUACACAUGUCCCAUGCCCCCAGUGCCAGAUACACAUGUCCCAUGCCCCCAAUGGAAGAUACACAUGUUCCAUGCCCCCAAUGCCAGAUACACAGGGCGCUGCUUCGUGGGGAAGGUGCGUGGCCACAUAAUAGUGGCAAUUCGCAUUACACCACACAGUAGUGCAGCUAAUACACAUUGCACCAGGUAGAACCUCCUAUACACUUUGCGCCAGGCACAGCACGUUAGACACUUUGUGCCAGGUAGAGCACUGAGACACAUUGCCUAGCCACAGACGCCUAGCGGGAACACUACUUGAUAUUCUCCCCAGCAGUGCCAGCUACACGUGACAUGCCCCCCAGCAGUGCCAGCUACACGUGACAUGCCCCCCAGCAGUGCCAGCUACAUGUGACAUGCCCCUCAGCAGUGCCAGUUAUACGUGACAUGCCCCCCAGCAGUGCCAGCUACACGUGACAUGCCCCCCAGCAGUGCCAGCUACAUAAAUGGCCACACAGUGCCAGAUAUUUCCCCACAGUGCCAGAUACAUAAAUGCCCCCACAGUGUCAGAUACAUAAAUGCCCCCACAGUGCCAGAUAUGUCCCCACAGUGCCAGAUACAUAAAUGUCCCCACAGUGCCAGAUACAUAAAUGCCCCCACAGUGCCAGAUACAUAAAUGCCCCACACAGUGCCAGAUACAUACUGUAUAUGCCCCACACAGUGCCAGAUAUGCCCCUAAUGCCAGAUACACAUGUCCCAUGCCCCCAGUGCCAGAUACACAUGUCCCAUGCCCCCAAUGCCAGAUACACAUGUUCCAUGCCCCCAAUGCCAGAUACACAUGUCUCAUGACCCCAAUGCCAGACAUGUCCCCAGUGCCAGCUAUCCCCCCCACCUGCCACCUGCAAGUCUGUCACUGCAAGUCUGCUCCUGAGGUUGAGGCUGCUGCCCGUGCUGCUUUUUAGCUGAGGGCGGGAGGAGAGCGCAGCGUGCGCCUCUCCUAGCCCUCAAUCUCCGGCGGCCGCUUCAACUAGGCGCCCGCCCGCAAGCCAAUCAAAGCUCGUGGUCCGGCAGCCAAUCAGCCUCAGCUGCCGGACCGUGAGCUCUGGUUCGCUCACCGGCCGGCGCCGGUUAACGGGGGCGGGGGAGACAGACACUGCAGUGCUGCAGGGAAGGCUCCAAUAUGGCGGUCAGAGAUAGCGGCGCCCAUAAAGUGUGGCGCCCUGUUCGGCCGUUCUAUUGGAACAUGCCUGGAGCCGGCCCUGGGUAUAGCACCUCUGCAAAUCGCUUUGGAGAUAUGUUCACCUAUUUGGCAGAUUUGACUCAUUUGGCUUUAACAAUGCACUAGAUUCUCAAUUAGUGGUGAGUUAAGGACACUGAUCAGGCCAUACAAGGACAUUCAUCUCCACUCCAAUGAUUUUGGACAUGUUCUUAAGAUUACUUGCAUUUAUUGUAUUUGUUCUCUUAAUAUUCUAUGGAGCAGACUUACUCACAUUCCCUUGCCGUUUCCUCUCAAUUUUCUUACAGGUUCUCAGUCUAAAUGAAUGAGAAGUAUAAUGCUGCCAAUAUAUUUCCCUAUAAGGAUUGUUUUCUUGGAGCAUGAGUAGUGUUAGCACUUCACAUUUUGGCCAAAGAUCUUUAUCUUUGUCUGAUCUGACCACAAAACUUUCUUUCAAAUCUUAGACGGAUUACUUUCGGGCUAUAAGGUGGUUUCUUUAUUUUUUUUAUGUAACCUUUUAUAAUUUUCCUACUAGAUUUCCAAACAGGCCAGGGUUAGUCAGAGCACUUUCUAUAUUUCUAUGACCUGUCUUUACUCUCAGCCAGACAACCCUGACAAGUUUCCUUCUUGCGCAAGUACUAGAUUUUGGUGGACUGCUUUCCUAGUCAGUGUCUUGAUACUGUGAUGCAAUAGUGCACAUUGGAUUAACCACGCACUGAGAUUAUAUAUCCUUUCUCAGUUUAUGAAUGUUUUACUUUUAAUGUGCCAACAUGGUACCCAGUGUUGAAUUUUGAGGGGAUUGCGAUACAAGUAACAAAAAAAAUUACAUGAAAGAAAUAGUAAACAUGAUCCUGCCCAAACAUGUUUACAAAGUAAGAACCCUGACAUUUUAUCACAUUAUCUCAAAAUGUUAUAUAUUAAAAAUAUAAAAAAUAGUAGUCACGCUAUUUAUGGAUGUCAUACGAUACCUAAAGAUAAAAGCAAUAAACCUAAGAAAUAAAAUUGACACAUGGAGUUGAGAGGGGGUAUCCCAGAAAUAAAUAUGGAAUGUCCAUAUAGUCUUAAAAUUAUCUUUGAUGGGACACAUAUACAGUUUUAAAAAAAUAUUCUAUUAAAAAAAAUAGCUGAAUACAUUUUUGGAACAUAUUUGAGAUUUCAGUAGUCAUUCACUGUUUCAGUGUUUCUCAAAUCCAGUCCUCAGGCAUUCUCACAGACCAUGUGUUCCAGGUAUUCUCACAGAAUUACAAGUGAAACAAUUAGCAUCACCUAAAAAUGUGUCGGGCGCUUAGGCUCUAGCUAGGAAAUAGGAAAGCAUGCCCUGGUAGGGUUCCCUGAGGGACGGAUUUGCGAAACACUGCUCUAUUCACUUCACAGACAUUAUCAUUUCCUAAAUUUUUAAUAUGGGGUACUAAAUGAUAACCAAGCUUUUGACGGGUUAUUGCUGGUUGUGGCUCAAUCUAAAAGGAUUAAUCCAGGUCCAGUAACUUGGGAAUCCAACUUUGGUAGCUUGCAGAAUUGAUCCCGGGAAUUACGCAGGAUUGGUGGCAGAGGGAAUGGGUAACCCGGGUCAUCCAAUCUGGACCCUGUUCACUGCAGCGGGAGAUACUGUAUGCAUUCCAGACACAAGGAGAUGUCAUACCAUGUGUGUGAACGGCACUGACCCGGGAAUAACCCAGAUUGCCACCAUGGUGUGAAAAGGGGCCAUCCCGGGUCUGACACAGUUUGGAACUGUGAGGUAUUAGUUGUAAAACAUCAAGAUUAAAAACAUCUAGAUACUGUAAUGUGUAUUCUAUAAAAAAAAAUAUAUAUAUAUAUAUAUAUAUAUAUAUAUAUAUAUAUAUAUAUUGUGCUUCCUUAACCAAAUAUUUUAGCUAGUAAAUAAAUAAAAAAAACUUGGAAGUGGAGAAAAAAGUGGCGAUAUUUUAUAGAAUUUGGAAGUGCAACGACUAAAAAAAUUCUAAAAUUAACAGUCAAGACAAAAUUUACAUUUAUUCUUUUAUAGAAGUCCUUCUAAGAUCACUAUAAACUUUCUAAAAAUGUAAAAUAUAAUUAUCACAACCUGACCAGUGAUCCCUAAAUAUAUAGGUUUUAUGCAGUAAGUGUCUAAAUAAGGCUUUUUUCCCCACCACCUGCAUGAACCUGGAGAUGAUACAUAGAGAAGCAUGGUGGCACAGUGGUAAUCAUUGAUGAUUCACAGCACUGGGGGUUUUGAUUUGUAUCUGUCCAGAAAACUAUCUGUGUAUUGUUUGUAUCUCUUUAUUGGGCCUUAAACUGGCGGGCCCUGGUAAUGCAUGGGGGCAUGGCCUAAUCAUGGAGGUGUGACCAUGCCCCUUUUUUUUUAAAAACUUGAAAAAAGUAUUGAUCAUGUGUUGCAGAGCGGAGUCGACCUGCACAGGGGGCGACAUGCUUCUCUCAGCCAGGAACAGAUUCAGGAGGGGGUGAGAUUAGUGCUGCACUCAGCGGCAGCAGCCUCCCUGGACCCACUGUAGCCCAGCACACAGCAGCGUUUGCUGGGCUGGGAAGAGAGGCUGCAGCCUGAUAGGUAUGAAUGGGUGACGUGGACCCGGGCCCACACCAGUCCCCUCCAACAGGUACGGGCCUAGAUAAUUUGUACUGCUUCCCUUCUCGGCACCACUGUCUAUUAUUGUUUAUCUUUUGUGCAACACGUGUGUGAAUACGUGUGUGGUAGGGAAUUUAGGAUGUAAGCACCAUUGGGGCAGAGACUGAUGUGAAUUAUUACAUAUUCUCUAUACAGCUCCAGGUAAUAUGAUUGUUCUGGCCAAUUAAAUAAUUAAAAUCACAAGAUAGCAAAUAUUUUGCACAUUUUGACCUUCUAUACUGUAUGUAUUGACAAACAAUGCACAUUGGAAAGAAUGUACUUAUCACUUGGAUUCAUAACUGGGAUCUUCUAACUGGAAGAUUUUAGCAGUAUAUUGCCCUUGUUUAACAUUGGCAGGUGUUAUGAUGAAAGGAGUUGCUUUCAUACUAAUCCCGGUCUUCAAACCAACAAAUGUAAUACACAUAGGAGUGUAAAAAGUCCAAACAUCUACAGAACCUACACAUCUGCUACAGCAACAGUUGAGAAACGCUAACAGACUUGAAUACUUUUACAAAGCACUGUAAAUUGAGCCUGCAAAUCAAAACAGCUGGGAGGCCAGUCUUCUAGUAACAUAAGGGACAAUGCUACUGACAUAAAACAUUUUAAGAUUUUCAUGGGAAAAAAAUACUGUAGGUCAAGAGACCAUAAUCAGCUGUUUACUACACGUAACAUGAAAAGCAUUGAAUGUGGUUUGUAGACCUGAAUAUAUCACAUGGUCUUAUACCGGGUUCACUACGGC